GAGGUGGUUGUACUUUGUAGUCUACAUCACGAGCUGCUGUAAACAACCGUUUAGGGUUUUUUGAUUCAUCGUCUUCAUCUUCGUCUGAGAGAGAGAGAGAGAGAGAGAGAGAGAGAAGGUAAAAAUGGAAGGGAUAACGGAGGGAGUUAACAACAUCAACAUCUCUGAUUCGUACAAGAAGAAUCGCAUUCAGCUAUUGCCACGGUGGUUACUGUUGCUGAGAUAUUGAAAAAUAACGGGCUUGCUGUUGAAAAGAAAAUCAUGACAUCAACCGUAGACAUAAAGGAUGAUUCUAGAGGUAGACCUGUCCAAAAGGCCAAGAUUGAAAUAGUACUUGGAAAGACAGCAAAUUUCGAUGAGUUGAUGGCUGCCGCAGCUGCUGAAGAUGGUGAAAAUGGAGAUAUUGAUGAGCAGGGUGCAUGAAGUUCUACGUCCAUGUGGGAUGAUGAUGUGUAUUUCCUAGUGAUUUGCAUUUUGUUGUUGUUGCAAGAUAGAGGAUAUGGAUAGGAUUCAUUAGUAGACAAGCCCUUCAGUGUUGAACUAUGAAGGCACUUACUAGUUUCUCUUCUUCCUGGGUUCGGUUUGUCGUUUAUGUAGAGAGAUUCAUUUCAUAACUAUAUAUCUUGAUCAAGUUUUGGUCUUAA